AUUCUUGUUAUUUGAUUAUUUGAUUAUGUUGCAUGGCACACAAAUCUUGCUUGCUUUCUUACUCUAUAUUGCCCAGUGUUCCCCAUUUUGAAACUUAGAAUUAGAAUUAAGGAUGUGAACUGUCACAGGCGGACAGAAAGUGGGUCUGAGAAGCAGAUUUGUUACCAUAGCAACUGCCAUUCCUUUUUGUACUUAUCCUGCCGGUUGAGUGUGCAGUGGGACUUCCGGGUGUUCAAAGCUGGAUGCACAGCCCGCUGAAGUCUGUCAACUCAAUUUCCCAGAAUCCUUUGCGGGUCCUGCGUCAACAAGAUGUCAGCGCCCGAGAGGUUCUUGUCCGGGGUUGUUUCAGGACUGUUAUUAUGAUUGCGUCUGUGGUCCAACGGUGGUGUGGAACGCCACUGCCGCGAUGUAUUUUGCUUUUUAAAAUAUACAGAAAGAAAACGCCAAACUAUUGUAUGAGUUAUUCGAUGUUAAGACGUUGCUGGAUGAACAAACUCCCUGUUCUUUCUAAUAAUUUCAAGAUGCAGCUUUUGAACCUCACUACACAAAUUGACAAGGAGGUCAUUGACCUAUCCAAGUUUCCUGUGGAAAGAAUCAGGAAUUUUUGCAUCAUUGCACAUAUUGACCAUGGUAAAAGCACACUGGCUGACAGACUACUUGAAAUGACAGGUGCCAUAGCAAAGACAGACAAGAACAAACAGGUUCUGGACAAGCUUCAGGUGGAGCGAGAGAGAGGCAUAACCGUCAAGGCCCAGACGGCCUCUUUGUUUUACACACACCGGGGCCAGCAGCACCUCCUCAACCUCAUUGACACACCAGGUCACGUCGACUUCAGCUACGAAGUGUCUCGGUCCAUCGCCGCAUGCCAGGGUGUCUUGCUUAUUGUCGACGCCAAUCAGGGAAUUCAAGCGCAGACCGUGGCCAACUUCUACCUGGCUUUUGAAGCUCAGCUGACAAUCAUCCCUGUCAUUAACAAGAUUGAUUUGAAAAAUGCGGAUCCAGAGAGGGUGGAGUCACAGAUUGAAAAAGUGUUUGAUAUUCCUCGUGAGGACUCCCUUCGGAUUUCAGCUAAAAUUGGUACAAAUGUUGAAAAGGUUCUCCAAGCAGUCGUAGAGAGAAUUCCACCGCCUGCGGCAAUUGUUCAUGACCCAUUCAAAGCACUAGUCUUUGACUCCAAUUUUGACCACUACAGAGGAGUAGUGGCUAACGUUGCUGUGUUUGCGGGUCAUGUCAAAAAAGGGGACAAGAUUGUGUCGGCACAUCUUGGCAAAGCCUACGAGGUCAGCGAGCUCGGACUUCUCCGCCCAGAAGAGCAUCCCACACAGAAACUGUUUGCUGGACAGGUGGGCUACCUCGUAGCCGGGAUGAAGGAUGUAAAGGAGGCGCAGAUUGGGGACACUCUCUACCUCCAGGACCAGCCAGUGGAAGCUCUGCCCGGCUUUAAGCCAGCCAAAGCAAUGGUGUUUGCCGGAAUGUAUCCAGUGGACCAGUCAGAAUACCCGGGCCUUCGUAGCGCCAUCGAGAGACUGACACUAAACGACUCGAGUGUCACAGUCCAGAGAGACAGCAGUUUGGCUCUCGGAGCUGGUUGGAGGCUGGGCUUCCUGGGACUUCUUCAUAUGGAGGUGUUUAAUCAGAGGCUGGAGCAGGAAUACAAUGCCUCUGUUAUCAUAACCGCGCCAACAGUGCCUUAUAAGGCUGUUCUCUCGUCAGCUAAAGUCAUCAAGGAACAUGGCAGGGAGGAGAUUACCGUUGUGAACCCAGCUCAGUUUCCAGACAGAUCUGUAGUGUCGAAGUAUUUGGAACCAAUGGUGGUGGGGACUAUUUUGGCACCUGACACAUACACUGGCAAGAUUAUGACUCUCUGCUUGAAUCGCAGAGGCAUCCAGAAUAAUAUGGUGUACGUAGAUGACCAUCGUGUGAUGAUGAAAUAUCUCUUCCCUUUAAAUGAAAUUGUUGUGGAUUUCUAUGAUCUCCUCAAGUCUCUUUCUUCAGGAUAUGCCAGCUUUGAUUAUGAAAACGCAGGCUACCAGGCAGCUGACCUUAUCAAGAUGGAUAUUCUAUUGAAUGGGCGCCCGGUGGAAGAACUCACCAUAAUUGUGCACAGAGCGCGCGCAUACAGCACGGGGAAAGCCGUAUGUGAGCGACUCAAGGAUUCCAUACCGAGGCAAAUGUUUGAGAUUGCAGUACAAGCAGCUAUCGGAAGUCAAAUCAUUGCAAGAGAAACAAUAAAGGCGUACAGAAAAAAUGUCCUUGCAAAAUGCUAUGGAGGUGACAUAACGCGCAAGAUGAAACUUCUGAAGAAACAGGCAGAAGGCAAAAAGAAGAUGAGGCGCAUUGGCAACGUGGAAGUACCCAAAGAUGUUUUUAUUAAUGUACUGAAGAGGAAAAACAAAUAGAGUAAAACUGGAAAUAUACUGUAUUAUAUAAAAAUUGGAUUAUGUUACUGAAAGACUGCAUGGUUAACUUCUACAUUUUUUUCUUCAUUAACCGAGGGGUACCAACAAUUUUAUCCACGUGUGUACUUGUUAAAUAUAACUGCGCGUAUACUGUAUAUGGAAACUGAUAGUUUUGCUUUGUUUUAAGUGUAAUAAUUGUUUUUAGUAUAUAAAUAAUUGAAUGUUUGUUAGUUUUUCAAACCAUCAUGUCCCCCUCUUUGUAUGGAGCACCAAGAGUGCCAAAAUUAAAUAAAUACAUAAAUAAAUGAA